AGCGGGCUGCUCCGGGCGGUGGAGUCAGCUACCCACCGGAGAGUGGAGCCGCUGUCUCCCGCGCCCGCCUAGCACCAGCGGGCCUCAGCAACAGCCAUGGCUAAAGACAUCCUGGGUGAUGCAGGCCUUCACUUUGAUGAGCUGAACAAACUUCGAGUGUUGGACCCUGAGGUAACUCAGCAGACCAUAGAACUCAAGGAGGAAUGCAAGGACUUUGUGGACAAAAUCGGCCAGUUUCAGAAAAUAGUAGGUGGCCUAAUUGAGCUUGUGGACCAACUUGCAAAAGAAGCUGAAAAUGAGAAGAUGAAGGCAAUUGGAGCACGCAAUUUGCUUAAAUCCAUAGCAAAGCAAAGGGAGGCCCAACAGCAGCAGCUCCAGGCUCUAAUAGCAGAAAAGAAAAUGCAGCUAGAAAGGUAUCGGGUUGAAUAUGAAGCUUUGUGUAAAGUAGAAGCAGAACAAAAUGAAUUUAUUGACCAAUUUAUUUUUCAGAAAUAAACUGAUCUUUACAGAAAAAAAAAAAACUACCAACCCCCCCCCCCCCCAUACACCUACAUAGAGAAACCUCUAUCAUUCCAGUAAACUUGAUGACUAUGUUUGCACAUAUGCAAUUUGGGAUCAGAACAAAUAUCAUGUCUUCUUGAAAGGCAAUAAUAAAACUUUUUUUAGAAUCCUGCCCAUUUAUAGCCAGAUGGCAGUAACCAGGAUUUUGCCUGUCCAGAAGCCAGGGACAGCAGGGCUGACCAUCUUUGCUGUGGACUCUCCUGUGUUGUCUGACUUAUAGAGACACCUGUAAACACCAGGCCUUUUUUGAAGCACCUACCAUUUUGAAAGAAAUAAGGCAAUAAAUUAUUGUUUCUAGA